UAUAACGGGCGACGGCGAGCAGACAAGGCACGCCCCAGCUGCCACCAAUCCGUUUCUGAGCGCCAGCAGGCGUGCAUUUGGACCACACGUGCGACGCUUAUAACACGCGGGGCCACGUGAUGUCAAGAACCGCGCACAGCAGCAACCACACCAUGAGAACGUUCUGCCUCUUCAUUAUUCUCGGUGCGGCGGCCGCCGCGCUGGGGGAGGCCCCGGGCCCUUGGCGGCAGGUGAACCCGUCCGUCGACCUGGACCACUGCGGCCCCCACCACCUGCUGCGGCCCUGCCCGCCGCGCUGCUCGCUCGCGCUGCGCCCCGUGUACGCCGUCUGCGAGGGCGGCCGCCUGCGCAGGUUCCUCAACUGCUGCGCCUGGCGCCGCGACGUCUGCUUCUACAAGAGGAAGUGCACUUUCAGCCACGAGGAACCAGUCAAAGACAAAUGGUGACAAGCAGUCCCAAUAUAGACAAUAGAUAAAUAAAGGACGCCAUUGCGAAAAGUAUCUUCAGCACCUACUUUCUUUUCAAUGUUCCUUUCUCUCCGUAUCUUCAGUCCCAGAAUCCUCUAUGUUUUCGUGGCUUUAUUGAAAUUUCUGGUACACUCAUUUGAUAAAAAUAACAAGGAAAAAAUAAUGCGCGUAUCAAGCAACUUCCAUAACGA